AAUUUAAACAAAAACCAAAUAGGAAGGAAAAAAAUGUAUCUUAGAACAAUGACUCUUUCACAUAGUUUCAUCUUCCUCUUCUCACUCACACUCAUUUCCACUCAACUAACAACCACAAAUGGAGUUUUCUCAAAACAAUCAAACAUCAUAUUACCCUCCGAACAACAAACUACAGAGAAGCUAACACAUAUCCAUUUCUACUAUCAUGACAUUAGAGGCAACAAAAACCCCACCAUGUUACAAAUCAUUGACACACCACAAAAUGUAGCUAAUGGAUUUGGUUCAACUUUUAUGAUGGAUGAUGCAAUGACUGAAGGACCAGAAUUAAGUUCAAAACACAUUGGAAGAGCUCAAGGGAUGUUUGGUCUUUGUUCACUACAUGAUAUUGCAGAGUGUAUGUUGAUAAAUAUGGUUUUUAAUGAAGGGAAAUAUGCUGGAAGUACUCUAAGCAUGUUGGGAAGGAAUCCUAUUACCAAACAAAAUAGAGAAACCUCUAUUGUUGGUGGAACUGGUAUUUUUAGAUUUGCUAGAGGGUAUGCUAUUGCAAAUAGUGUUAACUCCAUUUCUACACCUGAACAUUAUGUUGUUGAGUAUAAUAUUACUGUUUCUCAUCCUUAAAAUGCUCUUUUGAAAAAGAGUUAGAGAUGGUGUUAAUAAAGCUUCAGCUACUUUUUUAUUUUUUUUGUGA